CAGCUCAACACGACCCGAGACGCGGACCAACGCCCAGCACACGCCCCCCGCCCCGCGGCGAAACAGCAGCAGCUUCCAGAAAACUCGCCGGUAGGAGCGCGCCUAAUGGCGCUCGCGCUCUCCACCCUCCCGUUCGCGCCCUCCACCCCGGCGCCCGCGUCCCGCGCCGCCGCCUUCCGCCCUCGCGGGUCCCACUUCGCCCCCGCCGGCAGGAGCGUCGGCGUCGGCGUCGGCCUCCCCCUCGCGUGCGCGGCGCCGCGGAAGAACCGCGGGCGGAGGCGGCGCGGCGGGGCCCUGGUGGUGCGGGCGGCCGCCGACUACUACGCGACGCUCGGCGUGCAGCGCUCCGCGACCAUCAAGGACAUCAAGGCCGCCUACCGGAAGCUCGCGCGCCAGUAUCAUCCUGAUGUCAAUAAGGAACCUGGAGCAACCGACAAGUUCAAAGAGAUAAGUUCAGCCUAUGAGGUUCUGUCAGAUGAUAAGAAGAGGGCGUUGUAUGACCAAUAUGGUGAAGCCGGGGUUAAAAGUGCGGUUGGGGGCAACGCUGGAGCUUAUACAUCGAAUCCAUUUGAUCUGUUUGAGACAUUCUUUGGAGCAAGCAUGGGUGGUGGUGGUGGCUUUUCUGGUAUGGACCAGAGUGCAUUUAGGACACGCAGAAGGAGCACUGCUGCUCAGGGCGAAGACAUCAGAUAUGAUGUGAUUCUAGGGUUCUCAGAGGCAAUAUUUGGAACAGAAAAAGAUAUCAUAUUAUCCCAUUUGGAGACUUGUGAUGCUUGUAGCGGCUCUGGUUCAAAGGCUGGCUCAAAGGCAAAAAUCUGCUCCACAUGUGGUGGGCGAGGGCAAGUCAUGCGAACCGAGCAGACACCAUUUGGUCUCUUCUCCCAGGUUUCUAUUUGCCCCACUUGUGUAGGAGAGGGUGAGGUCAUUUCAGAGUAUUGCAGGAAAUGCUCUGGAGAGGGGCGUGUUCGUAUCAGAAAAGAGAUCAAAGUAAAAAUCCCUCCAGGAGUUAGUAAAGGUAGCACUCUUCGUGUACGUGGUGAAGGUGAUGCAGGACCGAAAGGAGGGCCUCCUGGAGAUCUUUUUGUUUGCCUUGAUGUAGAGGAGCCAUCCGAUAUUAAAAGGGAUGGUAUCAACUUGUAUUCAACUGUGUCGAUAAGCUACAUUGAAGCUAUUUUGGGUACUGUUGAAAAGGUCAGAACUGUUGAGGGAAGUAGUGAACUUCGAAUACCUCCAGGCACUCAACCUGGUGAUGUAUUGGUCCUAGCGAAGCAAGGUGUUCCGUCGUUGAAUAGGCCAUCUAUACGCGGUGAUCAUCUAUUCACUGUUAAGGUCUCUAUACCCAAACGUAUAAGUGGGCGCGAAAAGGAGUUACUUGAGGAACUUGCAUCGUUGAAAAAUGGUGGUUUUGCUCGUGCACCUGUGAAGCCAAAACCUGUACAUAAAGAGAAUGGAAGCCGUGCUGCUCCAGAAGUAUCAGAUCAACCUGAUGAUGGGGAGGGUGACUGGUUGAAGAAACUUUCUGAAUUUGCUGGAUCCAUUGUCAAUGGGGCAUCCAAGUGGCUGAAGGACAACCUGUAGCUCUGUAAAUAUUUACCGCACAAUGCAUUCUCUUCAACGCUAGUUAUGGUGUUAUCCAAUCUGCAAUUCUUCAAUUCAUCCGGAUUCGACGAGCCGUUGCAUCUUUUACGGGCUGUGAAGUAGCAACGGAGAGGUUUAGUGUUGACUAAUUUUAUUGACGCCGUUUUUAUUUUGUUUUGUGAUACCCUUGUAAAUCAUGAAUUUUGCUGUAGUCGCACUCAUAUUUCCUAGAGCAUGUAACAGUCGUCGAGUCACGGCCGCUGAUAGCAAGCUCGAUGAAGCUUACAUCCUUUGUAAAUACAUAUAAUUUCCCAGUAGGGCAUCCCGGUACAUCAGGCUAUGCAAGUGAA